CUACUCAAAGAAGAAAUGCAAGAACAAUGAACUCUAAUACAACAGUGUUUGAAUAAUGUUGUUAUAGUGCUCAUUGUGCAAGAAGAACAAUUUCAAACUUUUGGAUAACAUAACUGCAUAACUGGUACCAACUCAAUACGGAUGAAAUUGCAAACAUUCUUAGAGGUAUUUCAAAAAGCGUUUAUUCGUAAAAGAAUUUCAAGUCAGUUUUUCUUUUCCUCUCUAGCUAAGAUGAGCGGACCAAUUCAAGAUACGAUAUGUCAGAAAUUAAAUAGCCAAUUAAAUCCUAAUUACCUUGAUGUCAUCAAUGAAAGUUACAUGCAUAAUGUACCAAAAGGAUCCGAGACUCAUUUUAAAGUGGUUGUUGUAUCAAAGAAAUUUGAAAAUCUUCCUUUGAUUAAGAGGCAUAGAUUGGUCAACGAAAUUCUUGCAACCGAAUUAUCCACUUCAGUUCAUGCCUUGUCCAUACAGGCAAAAACACCAACACAAUGGGAGAAAAGUGACGGUAAAGUAGCAAAAUCACCGCCAUGUUUAGGAGGUGCUGGGAAAUAAUAAGAUUAAAGUUAACAAAACGCAAUUUUCGCCUUUUGCGAAGCAACAAAUUCUGAUUUUAAGAAGGAAGAAAAGCUCAAACCUCAUUUAUAAAUGCGUAUCUUAACUUAAUAAAUAUUUCACUCAAAUCUUGUAUAAAUAUUAGGUAGUAAAAUAACGUUAUUCUGUAUGGAAAACUUUUUGGUAUUUCUUACUAUUAGUUACUAAAAUAUCUGCGAAGUUUUUAUCUCUCAAAAAAAAUCCUCGCAACGCAACAUCGUUUUUAGCCUUAUGUUGUUGUGGUUUACGUUGAUAAACAAUUGUUUUUUUGUAUUGCGUUUUAAAACUUGUUGAGACGGACUUUGAACCAUUCAACUACACUAUGUACAUAAUUGAUAGUGAAAUUAGCUGUAACAUUGAGUUAUGUAUAGUAAAUAACUAUCCCUAUAUCCUAACAACGAGGGAAAAGUUUA